UAUAAACAAUGCCUGACACAGAUGUGCAAAAUGAACAUUCAGACAUUUCAGAUGGAGAGGACCCAGUCUCCAACAGGACUCGACGACGAUGCUGGUUACUCGCCCACAACAAAUGACUCAGACCCAUGUAAUGAACGGACACAAAAACAGACAGUAAGUCGUGAAAAACGCUCCACGAAAUCACACCUACAACCCCCAAAAGGUAACUCAUGGUAUGAUCAACUUAAUGCAUCAGCUACUGAUGCCAAUAGAAUAAAUUGUGUGGUGUGUGCAGAAGCUCGCCCAAAAUUAAAGAUAGUCGGCUACCCUAUCCCAAAUGGUUCAUUAACAGACGGAUACGGGGUGGGGUGGGGAGCCUGGUCAGCAACUAUAGGUAAUAGCGGAGCUAAUAUGACACAGGUACAUCCGCUUGAUUGUCUAUUAAUGCAUAAUUAUGUACCCCAUAACAAAACUGAAAGGGCAUUCCUUGUAAACCUACUACAAACUCUAGAAACAGUAAUGAAUACAAGUCUGCGUGCAUGUGCUCCAAAAGAACCAAUAAAGAACUUAAUAACACUUCCGGUCACACCGCCCGAACUAGCCCAUAACAUGACCAUGGUCUGCCUAUGGAGACUUAGAGUCCCAGAAAAGCAGGGUGUAUCUUUUGUUUAUCCAAAUAAGACACGUCAUUUCAAUACUGACACAACACAUUGUAGUGAAAUAUGGUCCGUGGUUGGGUAUGGUAAUGAAUACUCAAACUGGCGUAACUGUAAAAACGAAACCGUAUGUUCAAUAUUAGGUCCAAAGAUAUACAAGGGGUCUUCUAUUUACCUGCGCGCGCCGAACAACACGCGCAAUGACAGCCGUUGGGGCAGAGCUAUAAAAAGUAUACUAGUGCCAAAACUGACGAGACCAAUUCCUGGCCUAUUGUGGCUGUGCAAUGGCACCCUUAAGCAAAGGCUGCCUGCUAACUGGACAGGAAUCUGUGGCAUAGUAACCUUAGCCCAGGAAAUAUUAAUCCAAAUCCCAAAAACACAUACCCACGCUUCCCCGUGCUCACGCCGGAGCCUAGUGGAAGACUCAGGCAAUAAGGCAUGGAUCGACGCAAUAGGAGUGCCCAGAGGAAUACCAAGAGAAUAUAAGGCCCAAAGUGAAGUGGCCGCAGGGUUUGCCUCUCUACUUCCAAUUAUCCAAGUAAACAAAAACGUAGCUUGGAUAAAUUAUGUUUAUUACAACCAACAACGCCACCUCAACCUGACCAACCAAGCAUUGAAACUUCUAGGAGAACAACUGUCUGCCACCUCACUCAUGACUGUCCAAAAUAGAAUGGCACUGGACAUGCUUUUAGCUGAACGUGGGGGUGUCUGUGCUAUGUUUGGAGAUAUGUGUUGUACAUUCAUCCCCAACAAUACAGCCCCAGGAGGCUCCUUUGAACAAACUAUGAAAAUGUUACAAGAUUUACAAGUUGAACUGAAGGAAAACGCAGGAACAUGGUCAGGACUAGACGAGGCUUUCCAGAACAUGUUUGGGGGAUGGGCAGACACAAUCAAAGUAUUAGCAGCCAUUUUAUGCAGUAUUCUAGUGAUGUUGGCCAUUAUUGUUUGUUGUAUUGUACCAUGUUUCAAAGCUUUGAUUAAGAAAGUUGCUAAAGACACUGCAACCGGAAUCUUCCUGGCACAAGCUUAUAGUCCCAUAGCAACUGAAGAAGAAGAAGACUGUGUGUAAGAAUUUCUUGUACUUAACAUGACGUAGCAAUUGAAAAUGUGCAAACAAGUGAUUGUCUACUGAAGCCUAUGAAGUAUGAGUGAAAUAUAUUAACAACAGGAGGGAAUGUUAUGAGAUUCUAUGUUUUUUAUGUGUUUUAUUCUUUGUUUUAUUAUCUUUUAAUAUUCAAGCAUAUUGUAAAGUGUUUAUAUAUUUCACAGAAUUUGCUGUACUUCCCCAUGUCACAAGAUUCGAUGUAUUGCUCCAUUGUCAUGCAACCCGACAGUGAACUCUGCAAUACAAAUAGUUUAAGCAGGAAACAGAUGCGGGUCACCCAGACUACAAUAGAAAAUGGAUGAGGCACCUAAACCACAACAGGAAAACAGAUGCGCGACUCCCUAACCACAAAAGAUUAAGUCAGCGCCACGUCUUUUAGAAAGAAGCAGACACACACACACAUAUACAACUGUUGGUUUAAAGGAAUUUGUAAAAGAGGAAAUGUGACGUAUUUGCAUACACGAUGUAAACUAUAAAUAAAGAGCCAUCGCCUGCACUCGGGGUGAGUCUCGUCAGAGUUCUCACCCGUGCACGUUGCUGUUAUUACA